AUGAGAUUUUGUAAGUACUCACACGACAUCAUCAGCGCUGAGAACAAAAAAGUUCUGAAGACCCAUGAGUUGUCUAGCCUCGAUGAGAACGAUCUGCGAGUGCUGCUUCUCCAGAAUGACCCUUUCCUCCUCCCUGAUGUCUGCCAAUUUUACAACAGAAAGAAUGAUGCCUGCAACCAGCAACAAAACUGCAACAAGCUUCAUGUAUGUCGACACUUUCUCCAAGGGGAAUGUAGAUUUUUUCCAUGCAAGAGGUCCCAUAACCUUUUGGAUACCCAUGCGUUGAGAGUGCUGGAAACUGGAGGCAUUGAUUUGAACAUAGCCUCAAACAUCCAGGCUAUAUGUGAUCACAAGCAUGUGGAAUUCAACAAGGAACUGAGGAGGGGGAAAAGUCCCGGUAGCAAUGUACCUGGUCAGAGCCAACACCAGUUGCCAACAGGAGCUGAAGAUAAAGACAAAGAUAAAAAAGACAAUUCCUCUUCAAAAGCUUCAAAGGACAACAAAGAAGAUAAGUGUAAUGAGAUAUGCGUGUACUAUGCCUGGAAGUACUGCAAACAUAAUGAUAAAUGCAGAUUUGUUCAUUACCGUUUGCCAUAUCGAUGGCAGGUAUAUAAUGGGAUCACCUGGAAUGACCUUUCCAUGAUGGAGGAAAUUGAAAAGGCCUAUUGCGACCCAAAAACCAGCAGCAUAGCAGAUAAGAGCAUUGAUUUCCAGACAAUGACCUGCUGUUCCUCUUCAAUUCGACGCCUCUCCACACCGUCAUCAGUCACAAAACCCUCAUUUUUAUUGACCACGGAGUGGAUUUGGUAUUGGAAAAAUGACCGAGGCCAGUGGAUUGAGUAUGGAGAACAAGGAGAAGGGGAUAGUGUGAAAUCACCAUCUUCUGCUAUUAUUGAGAAUUUGUAUCUAGCAGAUCCAGAUGCCACCAUAUCUUUCCAGGCUGGCUUGCAUCAUUACAAGCUCAGUUUUAAAGAAAUGACCCAGACAAACACCUCUUUUAAAACUCGAAGACAGGUUCGCAGGCGACCAAAGUUUGUGUCUUCUGAAGAUGUGCAGAAGAUAAAAAAAGGCCAGAGGGAUUCUUCUAUUCCGGAUCAAACCUGUCCUGUACACUGGGAUCAGUCUGCGCUGCCUGACUUGGGAUACAAGGCAGUGGAAAUCAGUAACACAACCUCUGAAUACAACGGAAUAAAGCAGCUGUUUCACCAGACUAUGAAACACUAUAAGGUCCUUAAAAUACAGAGGAUUCAGAAUCCGUCCCUCUGGAAAAUGUUUCAGUGGCAAAAGGAGCAGAUGAAAAGGGGAAAUGGAGGGAAGAAAGUAAAUGAAAAGCUCUUGUUCCACGGAACCAAGAUCUCCCUCAUGGAAACCAUCUGCGUUCACAACUUUGACUGGAGAAAUUGUGGAAGCAAUGGAACUAACUAUGGAAAGGGAAAUUACUUUGCUAGAGAUGCUUCCUAUUCCCACGGAUACUGUCAGCCUGUAGGAAAAACAAACAUCAUGUUCGUGGCUCGUGUAUUGGUUGGAGAUUACGUUAAAGGCAACGCAGCCUAUGUUCGCCCCCCGACAAAGUCUGUUGACGGGCUUCGGUUUUAUGACAGCUGCGUGGACGAUGAGUUAAAUCCCUCCAUUUUUGUUGUCUUUGAAAAAUACCAGAUUUACCCAGAGUAUAUAAUAGAGUAUAAGGAGGGAACGGAAAGAUGCGUUGUGUCUUAG